UGUUUCCUGUAGAGUUACAGGCUUUCUCAACAGGGUUGGUUUUGGCAUGCGUGUUUGUACUGACAAGGAAGUCUAUGUAAAACCGAAGUCGAAACAUCAGUUUCAGCUUUCGUUUUUAAACGCACAGCAGAAGGAAGAGUUCUUGUUUGUGGAUGCCAGGAGUCAAGACACACGUACGUGUAGUUGAACAGGCUGAGUUGAGCUGUAGAGCUGGGAACUGAACUUUGGUACAUCACUCGCACCUGUUCUCGUGUUUUCUUGGCCAAUAUUUUAUACUGAAAUUUAUACUUUGGCGCCGGUAACACGAAGCCAUGUUAUCCAGGAACCACCGUGGCACUUUAAUGAUCGUCUUCGUCUCCAACCUGCUCAAAGCAUUAUCUCUUGACUUGCGGGGCAGUGCAGUCACAACGACGCAGAGUUCUGUGCAUGAUCCUGACCCUCUGGACGCAGGAUUCGCCGUGGACCGAAACCUCGGUACCAUUUCACACACAGGCUUUGACAAUGAGGACGAACUAACGAACCCUUGGUGGAAAGUGGACCUUGGUGCUGUCUAUUGCUUGAGGAAAAUCACCCUGGUCAAUACGUUAAGUGAUCGUGACAUAGUUGUUGCUCGGCUCUCCAACAAUGUAAUUCGCGCUGGAAUGAAUUCGUACCAUCUACGUAACCCGGAGAUAGGACGGGUUAGAGAAAACCAGGCUAAACGUGGAGCAGUUGUGGAUUUCACUCCGGAGCCGUACGUCACUGCACGAUACGUUAGUGUAGAUAUCCCUGACAGUGGUCCACAAAUCAUAGUCCAAUUGGCUGAAGUCAUGGUGGAAGAAGUCACUAUGGAUACAAUGAAGGAUGCCACACGAACAGCCCUGAAUUUGGCUGGUCAUCCUAGUGACCAAAGCUCAACACGUAAUGACGGCGUCAUUACGUGGGAUUCCGAGAGAGCCGUGGAUGGAUCAUUGAAGUACGAUAGCUCCUCCUGUAGUCGAACUGAUGCAGAGUCAAAUCCAUGGUGGAAGAUAGAUCUGACUUCUGUUUACUGCAUAGAGAAAAUUGCCAUCAGGAAUAUUGAUAGUCUUAGACAGAGAACGAGAUUAAGCUUACAGGGGGCCAUUGUAAGUGCUGGCGUAAGUGAGACGCCUACUGAUGAGGACAGGUGUGGAUCUUCAGUGACCCAGUACCAAGCAUUGAUCAAUGACUGGAUUGAAUUCACCUGCGAUCAGUCCAGACUGGCACAGUUCGUGAGAAUCAAUAUUCCAGGAGAUUCCAAGGCUCUUAUACUUUGUGAGGUUAAAGUUUGGCCGUGUGAUCUCCAUCCAGCAGCUCUGAUUUUGACUGAUAAACCUGGUAAUCAAAGCUCAACAGAAGGAAGAUCUAUUGCUGGACUAGCUUUGGACAGUCUUCCAUCUGAACCUUAUUGUAGUCUCACAAAAACACAAAUGAACCCUUGGUGGCGAGUAGACCUCGAAUCAAGGCAUUGCAUUCAAACUAUCAGAGUUUGGACUUCUGCACAGGGCUCGAAUUUCCAAGAUGCUUCUGUACGAGCUGGCCUCAACGAUAAUCACACCAGAAAUGUCGCUUGUAAAUCUUCAGUCAGCCAAAACCAAAGAGCAGCGUACAUAGAGUUUACCUGUAAUCCGCCCGUACUUGCCCGGUACGUCAGCGUCGAUAUACCCGGUGAAGCGAGCCUUGGACUGUGCGAGGUGACUGUUGCUACAUGCAAAUUACAGAACGAUGUUAGCAGAGUGGAUUUCACUGUGGUUGUCAACCCUCCUUUGCUUGGUCUAACUGGAGACAACGAUUCAGUCAUCGAAGUCUUCAGAGAUCGUCAGGAUAUUGCAUCUAAUCUCUCAUUCGGUCGCCAAGUCACAACUGGAGGUGUACCUGGACUUCCGUCAGGUUCAGGCGAGAUAGUGGACCCAUCGUUGGGAUGUACAGUGAGAUUGCUUCAGUUACCAGAGGAAGGAGGUCUGGACAGGACGGGUGUGUUCUACGCAGAGGUGACCAAGAAUCACGUGACUACCAGGAUACAGACUGUUAUUCUACCGAAGGAUGUGAGCCGCGUUCAUAUACGUCCCAUCCAGCUCACACUAAGUGCAAAUAUCGGAGACUGCGUAAAGUUAGAGAUGCGGGAAGUAUUCCCCCCAAACAGAGAGUACAGGUGGACGCAGAAUGGUGGUGAAAUUAUGGAAUCUUGGAACAACCUCUUGAGUGUAUCGAUUCCUGAUGUAACCAAGGACCAUGAAGGGGUAUACAGCUGCUUCUCAUUAGAUCAAGAGGAUGAACAACUACAUGGGAUCAUGAGACUUAUUGUCCGAGAAUGUGCUGAAGGAAUGUGGAACCCUUCCUCGUGUCUGAAAACCUGCCGUCGAUGCUACAAUGGCGGUGUAUGUGAUGACAAGUCUGGUGCCUGCGUGUGCCCUCCUGGAUUUAGCGGAGAUAAUUGCGAGCAAGUUCAUGGUCGUCAUGUGUUUGGUAAAACUGCUGAUCAGCAAUGCUCCAAUAGCACUGAUACACACAACGAUGCUUGCCGAGGGCGUUUGUUCUGUCUACCAGACCCUUAUGGAUGCUCAUGUGCUGCAGGUUACAAAGGAUUAGACUGUAUGCAAGAUUGUGAAGAAGGGACGUUUGGUGCAGAUUGCAAACAGACUUGUCACUGUGCAUCAGGAGGGACGUGCCGUAAAGAUACAGGAGAAUGCAGCAUGGGUUGUGAGGCGACAUAUUUUGGAAGAAAUUGCCAGUGUUCAAUUCAAAAUGGCGUGCUUGGGCUUGAAGUGACGUCAGGCGACCCUCAUCAACUGUUCGUUGCGUGGCAACCAGAUCCAUGCGCCUCUGGCUACGACUUGACUACCAGGGACGAGUGUGAAGAAAUCGUGUCAGAGGAGUCGAUUCGGGAAGCUGCUUACUAUUUCGUAACUGGCCUGAAAUCACUACCUCUAAGCCAUAGGGUUUACAUACGGCCAGUGUACGAGGGUGAUGAACAAGGACCUGAGGUGGCCAUUCCACAAAUAACUGAGCCAACUAGAGCCCCAACUGAAGUAAAUUUCACCUCAGCAACACCAUACAGUCUGAGUUUCUCCUGGAGUAAGCCACCUUGUGGAAGCCGAGGUGGCAUCAUCACGGGCUACACGUACAAACUAACUGAAGUAAGCCCGGAAUCCCAAGUAGUCAUUCAAUCAGUGACAUCAGAGGAAUCGGUACUAAUCGAAGGUUUAACGCCGCUGACUGAGUACAGUUUUCAGGUUGCUGCCAAUACUACUGUGGGAGCCGGACCGUACAGUGAAGUGAGCGAAGUGAAAACAACCUUGGAAGAUCCCUGGAAUAGUUCAUCAUCGGUCAUUGGAGGAGUUGUAGCGGCUGUUUUGAUCCUGAUCCUCUUGAUUAUUGUCGCCGGUGUGCUCUAUAAAAGAAGAACUCAGAAAACGAAUCAACCUGGCGUUGUGAAUGGAGAUCCGGGAAGAAAGGACGUUCAUUUCGUACCAAAGCGGAAAACACCUCCGAAUUCCUAUGUUAACGACAGUGUGAUGGACGUGUGUCCGCAGCUGCCACCAUCAGUCAAGCAAACCCCAGACUCGUCACCUCGUCUUGCUGGCGCGUCUCGUGAAGACGUCAGGCAACCGGCAGUAGAUGAAGUAGAUGAAGAAUUGCCCUACGUUGAGCUGCCCGUGGUAUGUGAAGAAGAGCUAGCAGAAUACAUCCAACGCAAAGACAAGGCAGGCAAGAACGGAUUCCCCAUGGACUUCAAGACUCUUCCUAGCGGUGUGCUACACCCAGCGACGGUGGCGUCUAAACCAGAGAACAAGACCAAAAACAGAUAUGCCAACGUCCUUGCCUAUGACCAUUCUCGAGUUGUGUUGGAGCCCUUGGAAAAUGAGCCUCACUCCGAUUACAUCAAUGCCUGCUACAUUGACGGGUAUCAGAUGAAAGACAAGUACAUAGCAAGCCAAGGACCAAACAAAGGAUCUUUAGCAGACAUAUGGCGUAUGGUGUGGCAGUAUGACGUGGAUAAGAUAAUCAUGCUUACCAACCCAGUGGAAAAUGGCAAGAUCAAAUGUCAGCAGUAUUGGCCAAAUUCGGGAUUUACAACCUUCUCUGACAUCACAGUAACCCUCCUAGAAGAAGAUUCCUUCCUGGAGUACACAGUUCGAGUUUUCGAGUUAAACAAGGUAAUUAACAAGAAAGGAAGCCGUGUAGUGAAGCAGUUUCAUUUCAAAACCUGGCCGGACAUGGAACCCCCAAAGUACCCGACUACUUUGCUCAACUUCAUGCGCGUUGUGAACAAAGAGCACAACAAGGGCCGAACUGUUAUCCACUGCAGUGCUGGUAUCGGUCGAACAGGGACAUACAUCGCCCUGGACUCCAUGCUAGAUCAAAUGAAGCAGGAGGGACGAGUUGAUGUGCUUGGCUUCAUCUAUCGAAUGAGACAAAAACGAAAUAAAAUGGUGCAAACUCCUGAGCAGUACCGCUUUGUUUUCGACGGUCUGCUAGCAUCCUCUGUGAUUGGUCACACAGCGUAUGACAUCAUCGACUUCCGUAAGCAACUAACAGCUCUAAAAGGCAAGGAAAAGGGCGCAGAGGAAACGGGUUUAGAGAGGCAAUACGAGGCCCUGAGUAAGGUUAUGGCGAUGCAACGGAGUAGGGAAACAAAAACGACCCAAGCUGGACUGCGUCCUGAGAAUGUCAAGAAGAACCGAUUUCCGGAUUUCCCUGCAAUCGACAGUUCCCGGGUGUUUCUGAUGCCAAGAAUGUACGCAAAUGAAACCAACUACAUCAAUGCAACCUUCCUACCGGGUUACCGCAGGAAGAAUAUGUACAUCAGUACGCAGAUGCCUAUGCCUAAUACUGUAGCAGAUAUUUGGCGAUUAGUGUAUGACUACAAAGUGGGUUGUAUUGUCAUGUUGAACCCGCUGGAUCCGCACGACGAGACCAUGUGUCGCUACUGGCCAGAGGUUGAGGGCUCAGUGACUGAUUUUGGUCAUCUUGUUGUUGAACUAGUGGAGACAAAAGAGCAUAACUCCGUAACAGGUCGGACGUUCACCCUGUGGAACAAAGAUGACUCGUCAGAGGAACCCCGUACGGUUUGCCAGUUUGAGUGUUUAGACUGGCCCUCCGAUGAGGACACGCCCACUUCCUUGCAAGGAAUGCUGACUCUCAUGGGACUUACUCAACAGUGGCUCGACAAGGACACGCCCAUCGUGGCUCACUGCAUGAUUAGAAGUAGCAUGGUGUGCUACUCGCUGUACCCCGUGUAUCCUGGCCUACAGGCAAAAGAGAACUAUGCUCUGUGCUACGAGGUAUUCCAGUCAUAUCUGGAUUCCAAUGUCAUCUAUGCCAACCUUUAG